AUGUGUCAUGGUGGUCAAAUAUCAAAUAUGAUGCAUGAAUAUAUAGCUGGAGAGAGAAAUAGUCUCGAGGGUGUUGGUAGUAUUAUUUUUUUAAAAUCACCAGCAUCAUCAUCAUCAUCACCAUCAACCUCGCUAAAUUUAAAAGAUAUCAUCACUAACAUCCAAGACUGUAUUUUUACCAUCAAAACAGAUAUUUUUUAA